AUGAAUGUCACUAGUACGAAUGGUAAUGCAUGUGGUAUGGAAAUUGUAUUUUAUCAAGAUCGAUAUUCAUCUCUUGUGAAUAAAGACCAAACUGCAACAAACGUUAAAUCAGAACAUGUUCAAGAAGAACAGCAGAAGAAACGAAGAAACAACUGUCAUGGUAAUCUUAAACUACAACGGUAUCGUCGAAAAGUUCGUAAACAAGGUUUGAAUUCAAUUGUUGGUACUCAAUCCUCAACAACAGGUGUUAUAGCACAACAAACUGAGCAAAACCAAUCAAAUAGACAUCUAUCAAUGCGGAAUACUUCGGUUAAUUAUAUUGCUAUAAGUGAUGAAGUUCUAUCUCAAAAGACAUCUGCAAUAUUUGAUCGGACAGAGAAGUUUAAUCGUUUAUUCAAUGAAGAUCAGAAGAUACAAUUUCUUCGUCAAUAUAUGGCUCUCAUUGAUCAAUUUUCAUAUCAACAAUUACAAGAAAGUCAAUGGAAAUAUUAUCAUCAUAUUGGUAUGACACAGAACAUUUGGCAUGGAUAUGUAUCCAAGACCUUUGCAGAGAAGCAUUCCAUCUGCUCUUCGUAUGGUAAAUCUGAAACUCUUGUUGAACAACGUCUGAAAGAAAUUGAGAGUCAAUUGAAACGAGCCAACAGUGCAAUCGAACAGUUUGAACAAGAAAUCCUAUCUCAGUGUGAGCAUAAUAUAGAUUGCUUCUCUGCAAUGCUUGAAUUAUCUUCAACUAUUAAUCAGUUGAUACAUGAGAAACAACAAUCACUACAAUAUGAUUUGCAAUAUAAAAGAAAUAUACUUCUUUUGGAUGCAACCGAUCACCGAUUAGUUACAAAAUUCUUCGAUCUUAAACCAAACAAGAAUCAUAUCACACGGGCAAGACAUAUAUGGAAACGAACAAAAGAGCAAAUGAUGAUAGAAGCAGAUAUUGCUACGUUAGAAAAGUGUCUUACGUCAACAUCAUUACAACCGUCAUUUAGCUUAGUGCAUGAAAUAAUCAAUAACGUUGAUCUGGAUAUAAAGAAUUUGAAUGUAAUCAUUGAAACAUCUACAACAAGUCAACUUUUAAUCAAUGAAGUCAACAGAUUAAAAACUUUGAAGAUCGAUAUUAUUCAACAAGCCAUUCUUACUAGCCGUAGGAAAAUAGAGAAUUUAAACUCUCUAAUACAAACUGAACAGAACAAAUUCUCAAUACAGAAUCCGUACAUGGAAAAAACAUCACAGUGGCAGCAACUCGUCAGUGAUGCUAUUGAGAACCGUCGAAUACAUAUGAAUCAACGAGCAAUCUAUAUCCGACAGUAA